AACUAUCGAUAACUCCACACUUCUGUCCCGGUGUCCAAAAUCGAUAAGUGAUUGGCUUUUCUCGGUGGUUAGGAAUUGGUGGGUCCGGUACUGUGCCCACUAAAGGGGUUCGUCAUGGCCUUGAAAAGGAGACAGGCGACAUCCCCCUCUAGCAGUAUUGCUGUGUGUCAUGAGUUGUAUAACACCAUCAGAGACUACAAGGAUGACCAGGGCAGGAUGUUGUGUGAGCUGUUCAUCAGAGCCCCCAAACGAAGGAACCAACCAGACUACUACCACGUGGUGUCUCAGCCUAUUGACAUGAUGAAGAUCCAGCAGAAACUAAAGAUGGAGGAGUAUGAUGAUGUCGAACAGCUAACCAGUGACUUUCAGCUUUUGUUCAACAAUGCAAAAACGUAUUAUAAGUCAGACAGCCCUGAAUACAAGGCCGCCUGUAAGCUGUGGGACCUCUACCUGCGAACCAAGAAUGAGUUUUUGCAGCGGGGGGACUAUGAUGAAGAGGAAGAAGAAGGAUAUGAUGCUCCAGAUAACCCCGGAGGCUCCACAGAAGAUGAGAGUACACCUACCUGUUUGAAAGAGGUCCUGGAGCAGCUCCUGGAUGCUGUGGUGUCUUAUACUGAACCUACUGGGCGCCUGGUCAGCGAGCUGUUCCAGAAGCUUCCCUCCAAAAUGCAAUAUCCAGAUUAUUAUGCCAUCAUAAAGGAGCCAAUAGAUCUGAAAAUCAUUGCGCAGAAGAUCCAGCUUGGCCACUACAAGAGCGUCAGUGCCAUGGCUAAAGACAUAGACUUGCUGGUGAAGAAUGCAAAAACUUACAAUGAGCCUGGGUCUCAGGUUUUUAAGGAUGCCAACACUAUUAAAAAGGUUUUUGCCCAAAAGAAGUCUGAGAUGGAGCAUGGGGAACCAAUCAAAUCCAGCAUUCGGAUCAGGAAUAGAAGGUCCGUCCAAGGAGACCGUCUCUCAGCUAUCACUAUGGCUCUUCAGUAUGAAAGCGACGAGGAGGGCAUACUGUCCGCGUCUGUCCACUACGACGAAGGGGAAUCUGAGGCAGAGAGUAUGACGUCCAACAUGGACAUGACUAAUCCCAUCUUCCAGCUGUAUGAAGCUGUGCGAGGUGCCAGGAAUAACCAGGGCCAGCUGAUUUCUGAGCCUUUCCUGCAGCUUCCGUCCAAGAAAGACUACCCUGACUACUACCACCAGAUCAGUCAGCCCAUCUGCCUGCAUCAGAUCAAGAGCAAGAUGAAGAACAACGAGUAUGAGAGCGUGGAGCACGUCGACUCAGACCUGACGCUGAUGUUAGAAAACGCCAAACGCUAUAAUGUCCCCCACUCCUCCAUCUACAAGCGUGCACUCAAACUUCAGCACAUUCAGCAGAUGAAGAGAAAGGAGCUUUUACAGCGAGACGAUGACGAUGGUGACAGCAUGCUGUCCUCUGCCACGUCUGAUACCAGUAGCACAAAAAGAAAAAGCCACAAGAAGAACACAAAGAAGAAUCGGAUGAAAGCGCUCUUAGCCUCGGUGACGGAGGCCCGUGAAGCUGGCACCGGCCGUCGACUAUGUGACCUUUUCAUGGUGAAGCCGUCGAAGAAGGAUUACCCCGAUUACUACAAGGUGAUCUUGGAACCUAUGGACCUCAAGACCAUUGAGUACAACAUCCGGUCAGACAAGUACAUGACGGAAGAUUCAAUGGUGGAGGAUAUGAAGCUUAUGUUCCGCAACGCUCGGCAUUACAAUGAAGAAGGCUCCCAGGUUUACAAUGAUGCAGACAUCCUUGAGAAGAUCAUGAAUGACAGACGCAGAGAUCUGGGCCCAGCAACAGAUGACGAUGACCUAAUGUCCCCGAAGCUAAAAAUAAGAAAGAACAGCAUGACUCUGAAGAAGUCUAAGUACCUAACUCCAUUACAGCAGAAACUCAACGAGCUUUAUGAAGCCGUGAAGAACUACACGGAUAAGCGGGGCCGUCGCCUCAGCACGAUUUUCCUGCGACUUCCUUCUCGUGCUGAGCUACCUGAUUAUUACAUCGCCAUCAAGAAACCUAUUGACAUGGAGAAGAUCAAGAGCCACAUGCUGGCGAAUAAAUACCAGGAUGUAGACGCGCUGGUGGAAGACUUGGUGCUGAUGUUCAACAACGCCUGCACCUAUAACGAGCCCGAGUCUCUGAUUUACCGCGAUGCUCUGCUGCUACACCGGGUUCUUUUAGAAACGAGGCGUGACCUGGAAGGGGGGGAGGAUGCCAAUGUGCCCGACGUGGCCCGCCUCAUCCAGGAACUGAUCCGCAGUCUCUUCGUCUCUGUGCUCGGUCACCAAGACGACGAGGGCCGUUGCUACAGCGAUUCCCUCGCCGAGAUCCCCGCCGUCGAUCCUGGGAACCCCGAGAAGCCAGCACUCAACUUUGACAUCAUCAGGAAAAAUGUGGACCGGGGGCGUUACAAGAGGUUAGAUGUGUUUCAGGACCACAUGUAUGAAGUUCUGGAAAAGGCCCGGCGGCUAAAUAGGACAGACUCUGAGAUCUUUGAAGAUGCAGUGGAGCUGCAGCAGUUCUUCAUCCGGAUCAGGGAUGAGCUGUGCAAGAACGGAGAGAUCCUGAUGUCGCCUGCCCUGAGCUACACCUCAAAACAUCUGCACAGUGAUGUGGAAAAGGAGAAGAAAGAAAAGCUUCCCAAGGAGCUUGAGGAGGACAAGAUCAAGAGAGAAGAGGAGAAACGGGAGGCUGAGAGGAGGGAAGACCCCGUUGGAGGCUCGUGGCAGCUUAAGCGGACGUACAGUCAGGACUGCAGCUUCAAGGAUAGCAUGUACCACGUGGGGGAUUAUGUGUAUGUGGAACCCGCAGAGCCAAACCUCCAGCCACACAUAAUUUACAUUGAACGCCUCUGGCAAGAUGACACCGGGGAGAAGUGGCUCUAUGGCUGCUGGUUCUACAGACCAAACGAAACGUUUCAUCUGGCUACCAGAAAAUUUUUGGAGAAGGAAGUUUUUAAGAGCGACUAUUACAACAAAGCUCCUCUCAGCAAGAUUCUGGGCAAAUGUGUGGUCAUGUUCGUGAAGGAGUACUUCAAGCUUUACCCAGAAGGAUUCAGGGCAGAGGAUGUCUAUGUCUGUGAGUCUCGCUACUCUGCCAAGUCAAAGUCCUUCAAGAAGAUCAAGUUGUGGGCCAUGCCCCUGAGCUCGGUUCGGUUUGUUCCCAGAGAGGUGCCCCUCCCUGUAGUACGUGUGGCUUCCAUGUUUGUCACCAAACAAGAAGAAAAGCCUGCCGAGAUUAUAGACGAAAGCAAAAUGUCAGAUGGCAUUAUAGAAAAGGAGAGAGAGGAUGUCCCAUUUGAGAUGACCAAUGGGGAGCCCGGGUGUCAGUACUAUGACCAGCUCUGUUACAACAACCUGUGGCUGAAAGUGGGAGACUGUGUUUACAUUGGUUCUCAUGGACUGGUGCGCCACCGAGUGGGCAGAAUUGAGAAAAUGUGGAUGAGAGAUGGGGCAGGCUAUUUCUUUGGCCCCAUCUUUAUCCAUCCUGAGGAAACAGAGCAUGAACCCACAAAGAUGUUCUAUAAGAAGGAAGUGUUCCUUAGCAACCUGGAGGAGUCUUGUCCCAUGACUUGCAUCAUAGGUAAAUGCGUUGUGGCAUCUUUCAAAGAAUACUUGUCAUGUCGGCCCACUGAAGUGCCCGAAGAGAACGUUCUUCUCUGUGAGAGUCGCUACAUUGAGAGUGAAAAGCAGAUGAAGAAGUUCAAGGGUCUAAAACGUUUUUCUCUCUCUGGAAAGGUGGUGGAGGAUGAAAUCUACUAUUACAGGAAGCUCAUUGUUCCCCAGAAAGAACCGUCCCCUCUGUUAGACAGGAAAAUUGAGGAACUGGAAGCUAAGUUUGCUGACAUGACAGAUGAAGAAUUAGAGGACCUUGGGGAUGAUGAUGGUGACCUGGGGGACCAGUCUCUCCCUCAUUUGCAGUCCUCUAUGUCCAGCGACAUGGAUAUCAUGCCUUACACCCCUCCACAGUCAACUCCUAAAUCCAUAAAGGGGCUCUCAAAGAAGGAGGGUUCAAAACGGAAGAUCAACAUGAGCGGCUACAUCCUUUUCAGCAGCGAGAUGCGAGCGGUCAUCAAAGCCCAGCACCCAGACUUCUCCUUUGGGGAGUUGAGCCGUCUAGUUGGCACAGAGUGGAGGAACCUGGAAAGUUCAAGGAAAGCAGACUAUGAGGAGCGAGCAGCUAAAGUAGCGGAGCAGCAGGAGCGUGAGAGGGCCCAGCAUCAGACGUCCCCUAGAGCAGGUACCCCUGUAGGGGCACUGAUGGGGGUGGUGCCUCCCCCAACCCCCAUGGGCAUGCUAAAUCCCAGCAUGACGCCUGUGUCAGAAUGCAUGAUGCGUGCAUAUAGGUCAGCUAUGAUGCCCCCGCAGGGCCAUGUUGAACGCAUGGUUAGUUUGACUGGCAUACCACAGCAUCACAUGGGGUUGCCUGUCUUUCCCCAUCAUCUCCUGCCUGUUAUACCUGGGUUCCUUGGAAUGCCACCCUUUGGUGUCAAUGGCAUGGCUGGUGGAACAUCAGGAAGUAUUCACGGAUCCCAGAUGGGUUUGAUGGGCCAGGGGCAGCAAGCUCCUCCUCCAUACCCAGGUCAAGGCCAGAUGGGAGAACCCGCACUCCAGCAGCCCUCCACACCGAUGUUUGUGUCCCCACCAGCCAAAUCUCAGCGUCUCCUCCACUCUGAGGCAUACCUCAGAUACAUCGAAGGACUUACUGCAGAAUCUUCCGCCGUCAGCAAGUGGGAUCAAGCUCUCACAGUCAAGAGACAAGAUGUGCGUCUCACAAAAGAGCAAGAAAGUAGACUACCAUCCCAUUGGUUGAAGAGUAAGGGGGCCCACAAGACCAUGGCUGAUGCUCUUUGGCGGCUCCGUGACCUGAUGCUGCGAGAUACCCUGAACAUCCGCCAGAUGCACAACCUACGUUUGAAAACUGGCACAACGAGCACGUAUGUGCGGACUGUAGCGGAUCCUCAUCCCAUCCUAGGUGAAAAAUACUGUAACGUGGCAAGCAUGGAACUCAAUGAUGCCAAUCUCCAAACUCUGACAGAAUUCCUGAGGAAAACACUGGACCCAGACCCAACAGUCAGGCGUCCAGCUGAGAAGUUUCUUGAAUCGGUGGAGGGAAAUCAGAACUACCCAUUGUUACUCCUCACGCUGCUUGAGAAAUCCCAAGACAACGUGAUUCGUGUCUGUGCUGCGGUUACCUUCAAAAACUACAUCAAAAGAAACUGGAGAAUUAUUGAAGAUGAACCAAACAAAAUCUCUGACGCCGACCGAACGGCCGUCAAAGCCAACAUUGUGAAUUUGAUGCUGAGCAGCCCAGAACAGAUUCAGAAACAGUUGAGUGACGCCAUCAGCAUCAUAGGCAGAGAAGACUUCCCUCAAAAAUGGCCAGACCUUCUUACGGAAAUGGUGACCCGCUUCAGAAGCGGGGACUUCCACAUCAUCAACGGAGUGCUUCGGACAGCGCACUCCCUCUUUAAGAGGUACCGCCAUGAGUUCAAGUCCAAUGAGCUUUGGACGGAGAUCAAACUUGUGCUGGACACUUUUGCCCUCCCCCUGACUGAGCUGUUCAAGGCCACUAUUGAGUUGUGUCAGACUCACGCUAAUGACGUCAAUGCCUUGAAGGUCCUCUUCUCGUCCCUCACGCUCAUCUCCAAGCUUUUCUACAGUCUUAAUUUUCAGGACCUCCCAGAGUUUUUUGAGGACAACAUGGAAACGUGGAUGACCAAUUUUCACGGUUUACUGACUUUGGAUAAUAAGCUUUUACAGACAGAUGAUGAGGAGGAGGCAGGUCUUCUGGAACUGCUGAAGUCUCAGAUAUGUGACAAUGCUGCUCUAUAUGCUCAGAAGUACGAUGAGGAAUUUCAGCCCUACCUGCCCCGCUUUGUGACCGCCAUCUGGAACCUUUUAGUCUCGACCGGUCAGGAAGUCAAAUACGACUUGCUUGUAAGCAAUGCUAUCCAGUUUUUGGCUUCAGUCUGUGAAAGACCACACUACAAGCACCUGUUUGAGGACCAAAACACACUCACAAGCAUUUGUGAGAAGGUCAUUGUGCCCAACAUGGAGUUCCGAAGUGCAGAUGAGGAGGCCUUUGAAGACAACUCGGAGGAAUACAUCAGAAGAGAUCUUGAAGGAUCCGACAUCGACACUCGCCGUAGAGCCGCGUGCGACCUGGUGAGAGGCCUCUGUAAAUUUUUCGAGGGGCCCGUCACAGCGAUCUUCUCUGGCUAUGUGAACUCGAUGCUGGGCGAGUACGCCAAGAGCCCCAGAGACAACUGGAAGCACAAGGACGCCGCCAUCUACCUGGUCACAUCUCUGGCGUCUAAAGCUCAAACGCAGAAGCAUGGUAUAACACAAGCCAAUGAGCUGGUGAACCUGACAGAAUUCUUUGUGAACCACAUUCUCCCAGACUUAAAGUCCCCCAAUGUAAAUGAGUUCCCAGUCUUGAAGGCAGAUGCAAUCAAAUAUGUGAUGAUCUUUAGAAGUCAGCUUCCCAAAGAGCAGCUGCUGCAGGCAGUUCCUCUUCUGAUAUCUCACCUGCAGGCAGAGAGCACUGUGGAGCACACGUAUGCUGCCCAUGCUUUGGAGAGGCUGUUCACUAUGAGAGGCCCCAACAAUGCAACACUGAUCACAUCUGCUGAGAUGGCGCCUUUCACCGAACAGCUGCUCAACAACCUGUUUAAAGCGCUCGCUCUUCCUGGCUCUGCGGAAAAUGAGUACAUCAUGAAAGCCAUCAUGCGCAGCUUCUCCCUGCUGCAGGAGGCCAUUGUUCCCUACAUUCCCACUCUGAUUGGUCAGCUCACUCAUAAGCUCCUAUUGGUCAGCAAGAAUCCCAGCAAGCCUCACUUUAAUCACUACCUGUUCGAGUCCCUGUGCCUGUCGGUGAGGAUCACCUGCAAGGCCAACCCCAACACCGUCAGCAGCUUUGAGGAGGCGCUCUUUCCCGUCUUCACAGAGAUCCUCCAGAACGAUGUCCAGGAGUUUCUUCCGUAUGUGUUCCAGGUGAUGUCCCUCCUCCUGGAGAUUCACUCCAACAAUAUACCCGCUUCCUACAUGGCUCUAUUCCCCCACCUGCUCCAGCCCGUUCUCUGGGAACGCACAGGGAACAUCCCCCCUCUUGUGCGCCUCCUUCAGGCUUACCUCGAGAAGGGAGGCGCCUCGAUUGCAGGUUCUGCUGCAGAUAAAAUACCUGGCUUGCUUGGAGUGUUCCAAAAGCUUAUUGCUUCCAAAGCCAAUGACCACCAAGGCUUUUACCUUCUCAACAGCAUCAUAGAGCACAUGCCCCCGGAAUCUAUAACCCAGUACAGGAAACAGAUCUUCAUUUUGCUCUUCCAGAGGCUACAAAGCUCCAAAACCACCAAGUUUAUCAAGAGUUUCCUGGUGUUUAUCAACUUGUAUUCUGUCAAAUAUGGAGCGAUAGCACUUCAGGAGAUUUUUGACAGCAUCCAGCCAAAGAUGUUUGGUAUGGUGCUGGAGAAAAUAGUGGUCCCAGAGGUCCAGAAGGUGUCUGGACUGGUGGAGAAGAAGAUCUGCGCUGUUGGCAUUACAAAAAUCCUGACGGAGUGUCCUGCAAUGAUGGACACAGAGUACACCAAACUCUGGACCCCUCUUCUCCAGGCCCUCAUUGGCCUGUUUGAGCUGCCAGAAGACGACAGCAUCCCAGACGAUGAACAUUUCAUCGAUAUUGAAGACACACCAGGCUACCAAACGGCGUUCUCGCAGCUGGCCUUUGCCGGCAAAAAGGAGCACGACCCGAUCGGGGACGCCAUGGGCAAUCCAAAAAUCCUGCUGGCCCAGUCACUACACAAACUCUCCACCGCCUUUCCCGGACGGGUUCCUUCGAUGCUGAGCACCAGCCUGAACUCGGAGGCUCUGACCUACCUGCAGGGGUACCUGCACGCAGCCUCCGUGCAGCUGCUUUAGAGCGGAUGUGGUGGAACCGACUGAGGAGGCCACAGCAGCCUGCAGCCACAGAGCUCACCUGCUUCUGCUCAACUUCAGAUUCGACAGUCGUACGGUGGAAUUACCAGAGAAGUGAUGAAUGAAUAAUGCCUGAAUUAAGAGUGUGUUGUCUAAAGGAAGAUUUUUAAGGGUUUUUAAAGACAUAAACCAAAAGAAGGCAUAACCCUGUUACCAUUCAGUUUGAUCUUUUUUGUUUAGACCAUCAAGGAUUGAUUGUGAAGAACUUUAUUUCAGCAGCAGCUGAGGCAAAAAUAAACUUUGUGGAAUACAGAACA